CUACGACGCCCCCUAAUAAUCAUCGGCAUCGUCAGCCAACAUACUGACAGCCACAACAAACAACAUCCCGCGCUCCAAUUCCUCCACCCUUCCCAGCCAGUCCGACCUACUUAGCUUCCCGCAUUCCACGUCAAGCCGAAACCCUCUUUUUCCCCCCCUCAUCUUUUCAUACAUACCUUUACCGCAGACGCCAAUAGGAUUCCUUGAUGCCACGCGUUAAAAAGGCUUUGGGCGAACACCCAAUUUCCAGCGAUGUCAUUUUACCGAUGCAAGACCCCUACAUGACCCAGAUUUCCCGAUGGGAGGAAGAAUUAUGAGUUCAGGAAAUAUUGCCUUAAAACCUUGUGUGAAAAGAAUCCGGUUCUAUCGGACAGCUCUGCACUCCAGCAUCACCCACGUCUGCGAGACUCUGCCUGCACGGACACGAAAUCCAGGAGAUCUCCCGCUAGACGAGAAUGGCCUGGGAAAUGUCGAAUUUAACAAUAGGCACAAGGACUGGGAGGGCUACGAGUUCGCCUACGAGAUGGUCACUGUCUACGAGAUCAAACAGCCGAUAUCCCUCAAGGAGAUGAAGGAUAAGCAUAGUUUCAAGCCGGCGCCGAGGGGACUUGUCACAGGUCCUCAUAUUCUAGGUGGUGUACUACGUAGCUUGAAGGGAAUACCUUCAAUCAUACCCUGCUACCCUUGCUGGAAGGAUUAA